AUGACGACGAACAAAGUAGUAUCAGCUUCUGCAUUUCUCUCUCGCACUAACGAACUUGGUCACCAUCUUCAACAAUCGUGUAGUCACAUCCUCUCCUUCUGCGAGCCCAACGCAUUGCGCAUUGGUUUACACAUCCAUUCCCCUGUAAUAAAGCUGGGUCUUUUAGAGAAUCUCGAAUUCUGCAACAAUCUCUUGAGCCUCUACCUGAAAACAGAUGGUCUCUGCAAUGCACGUAAACUGUUCGACGAAAUGCCGCAAAGAAGUGUUUUUGCCUGGACUGUCAUGAUCUCUGCCUAUACCAAAAGCCGAGAGCUUGCGUCAUCGCUCUCGUUGUUCGAUGAAAUGUUGGCUUUUGGAACGUCACACCCGAACGAGUUCACGUUUUCUUCUGUGAUAAGAUCUUGUGCUGGUUUAAGAGACUUCCAUUACGGAGCUCGAGUUCAUGGCUCUGUUAUAAAGAAUGGGUUUGAACGAAACUCCAUUAUAGGAAGCAGCUUGAGUGGGUUUUAUUCAAAGUGUGGGAAGCUUAAGGAAACUCGUGAACUGUUUAGGUCUCUUCAGAGUAACGGUGAUACCAUCUCGUGGACGACGAUGAUAUCUUCUUUAGUUGAAGCUCGUAAAUGGAGAGAGGCGUUGCGGUUUUACUCUGAGAUGGUUAAAUCUGGUGUUCCUCCUAACGAGUUUACUUUCGUUAAGCUUUUAGGUGCCGCUUCGUUUCUUGGUUUGGAGUUUGGUAAAAUGAUUCAUAGCAACGUAAUCGUUUUGGGGAUUCCGGUGAACGUGGUGUUGAAGACAUCUCUCGUUGAGUUCUACUCGAGGUUCUCUGAAAUGGAAGAUGCUGUGAGGGUGUUGGAUUCGAGUGGAGAGCAGGAUGUGUUUCUCUGGACGUCUGUGGUUUCAGGGUUUGUUAGAAACUUGAGAGGCAAGGAAGCUGUUGCUGCGUUUCUUGAGAUGCGUGGUUUGGGUUUGCAACCGAAUAAGUUCACAUACUCUGCGAUCUUGAGCUUGUGUUCCUCUGUUAUGGCGCUGGAUUUAGGCGAGCAGAUUCAUUCGCAGACGGUUAAAGUCGGUUUGGAGGAGAACACUGAUGUGGGAAAUGGACUUGUGGAUAUGUAUAUGAAGUGCUCGUCGUCAGAAGUAGAAGCUUUGAGAGUCUUUGGAGCAAUGAUCUCACCAAACGUCGUCUCUUGGACAACGUUAAUCAUUGGUGUUAUUGAUCAUGGAUUCGAGAGAGAUUGUUUUGGACUGUUGAGGGAGAUGGUAACACAAGGAGUAGAACCUAAUGGUAUUACUCUGUCUGGUGUUCUCCGAGCCUGCAGCAGAUUGAAAUCUAUAAAGCAGGUAUUAGAGAUUCAUGGAUAUCUGCUUAGAAGAUCAUUAGAUAGUGAGAUAAUAGUAUGGAAUUCGCUUGUGGAUGCGUAUGCCAGCUCGAAUAAGAUAGCUUACUCAUGGAACGUGGCUAAUUCUAUGGAAAGGAGAGAUGAUAUUACAUAUACAAGCUUGGUAACGAGGUUUAAUGAGUUAGGCAAGCAUGAAAUGGCACUAAGUGUCAUGAAUGAUAUGUGUGGUGAUGGAAUCAGAAUGGAUCAGUUUAGCUUACCUGGGUUUAUCUCAGCUUCAGCUAACUUGGGAGCUCUUGAAACUGGGAAGCAUCUUCAUUGUCACUCUGUGAAAACAGGGUAUUUUAGCUCUGUUUCGGUUUUCAAUAGUUUGCUUGACAUGUACGGUAAAUGUGGUAGCUUGGAAGAUGCAAGGAAAGCGUUUGAAGAGAUAGCUGAAACGGAUGUGGUUUCUUGGAACGGAUUGGUAUCUGGUUUGGCAUCAAACGGCUGUGUUUCAUCUGCUCUCUCUGCAUUCGAAGAGAUGAGGAUGAGAGGAACCGAACCUGAUUCGGUUACGUUUCUGGUAUUGCUCUCUGUUUGUAGUAACGGAAGAUUGACCGAGAUGGGUCUGGAGUACUUCAGAUCAAUGAAGGAGAUUCAUAACAUUGAGCCGCAGAUAGAACACUAUGUUCAUCUAGUUGGUAUCUUAGGUCGUGCUGGGCGGCUAGAGGAAGCAAGAGAAGUUGUAGAGACGAUGUCGUUAAGGCCAAAUGCUCUGAUCUUCAAAACAUUGUUGAGAGCUUGUAGAUACCAUGGGAAUCUGUCUUUAGGAGAAGAUAUGGCUAACAAAGGCUUAGUGCUUGCUCCUUAUGAUCCAGCCUUGUAUAUACUUUUGGCAGACUUAUAUGAAGAAUCUGGUAAACAAGAGUUGGCUCAAAAGAUUCGAGAUUUGAUGAGCGAGAAAGGUUUGAGUAAGAAGAUAAGCAAGAGCACAGUGGAGAUUCAAGGAAAAGUUCACAGCUUUGUGAGUGAGGAUGUUACUACGGUUGAGAAAACGAAGGGGAUAUACGCAGAGAUAGAGUGGAUAAAGAGUGAGAUUGAGAGGUCAGGUUUUGCAUACAGAGGUAGCGAAAACGCAAGCUAUCACAGCGCGAAGCAAGCUUCUGUGUUUGGCCUUGUGUACACAUCACCACAAACUAUGGUUCAUGUUGUCAAGAACAAAAUCCUUUGUAAGGACUGUCAUGAUUUUGUGUCCCUUGUGACAAGCUACUUAGUCUUCUUCUACCACUUGUCUCCUCAUGUAAUUUUCCUCCCGAAAGGUGCAUUCUGCGAUGAUAGACAUUGCAUCAUUGACCAUUCGAUAGACUUCAUAGAGCAGGUCGCUUCACAUGAGGACGAUUUCUUGCUCAUGAACCUCGUAGAGUCUGCCCAGAAACUCAGAGAUGAAAUGAUGUACCAUGUAGAGGAGAUUGUCGUUGUGGCUUCGCAGAAGGAAAAGUUUCAACUUGUCCAAAUCCGCAACAAGGCAGUUGAGAAAGAGCUUGAGCUUUGA